UGGGAUUUUUGUAUAUCAAACUUAUUGGUAAAAACGGGCAUUGGUCUCAGUGUUGGAAUUGUUGCUUCAGCACUUAUAUUUAAAAGGAAGUCUUGGCCUAUUGCAAUAUCAACCGGUUUCGGUAUUGGAGUCUCCUACGCGGAAUGUCAAAAAACAUUCAACCCUACCGCCAUACCAGGAGUCAAAAUAAUUAAAAAUUCAUCUAAAACUUCAGAAUGA